AUGUCGUCGACAUCAGAUGCAAGUCUCAUUGCUGCAUUGAACCAUGCUUCAACUCAACUCAAUCGUUACUUUGCAAUUUUCAUCAUUAUCUUUGGUGUUGUGGGUAAUACCAUCAAUAUAUGCGUUUUAUCACGACGACCUUUACGUUCAAAUCCUUGUGCAUGGCUCUUUCUUGCUUCAUCGAUUGCAAAUGGUAUUGGUAUUCUUGCAAGUGUCAUUUCUCGACCGUUAUCAACUUGGUCUGCUGAUCUAACAAGUACAAAUCAAUUUCUUUGCAAAAUUCGUGCCUUUCUCUUAUUCAAUGCAACCACUAUUGGCUCUUGGCUUAUCAUGUUGGCAACAGUUGAUCGAUGGCUGUCAUCGAACACUGAUGCUAAUAAACGACAAAGAAGUACAUUAAAGAAUGCUCAAAUCGGUACGAUUGUGGUUGUCAUCGUUUCAACUCUUAUUGAAGCACAACAUCUCUAUUGCUACGAAGCUAAUCUUACCAAUACUCCACUCAAAUGCUAUGCGAGAUCAUUGUGGUGUAGCUUUGCAUCAGAUCUAUCCUUUGCCCUGAUCACAAUCCUAUUGCCAUUACUAUUGAUGAUUAUCUUUGGUUUCAUGACCAUCUCGAAUAUAAGUAAAUCACGCUCUCGUUUGCAACCGAUAAAAAAAUCUAGGAGUGGUCAAGCUGAUCACAAUACAGCAACGAAUAACACUGCACAUUUGACUCAACGAAGAAAAACAGAUCGUCAUCUUUUGAUCAUGUUAUUGGUUCAAGUUUCUCUUAUCUUUCUACUUACUUUUCCACUUGCUGUGGAUAAACUCUAUUCAACUAUAACUCAAUCUGUGCCCAAGUCAUCAUUGAGAAUAACUAUUGAAAAUUUUGUCUUCAACAUACUUCUUCUUGUUUAUACUGUGUCUUCUGGAAUGCCAUUCUAUAUUUAUACGUUAAGCGGAGGAAGUCUAUUUCGUGAAGCUUUGUUCAGUUUUCUGUCAACAUUAGGCCGAAAGAUGAUGUGUCAACGUGGCUAAUUUUCUUUUUCAAUCAAAUAAAAUUAACUUUAAUUCAAUGUAAAAUUGUAAUGCUUUAUCAAUAAAUAAUCGAUGAAAAAUUAAAACUUCUAUCGAAUGCAUAGUUAUUUCUAGUCAAAGAUCAUGAUUAAUCCUAGGAGGACGUAGAAGCUUUGAAACUUAUUGUCAAAGAAAAGCAAAUAGAAAUGAAACAAAACAGAACACAAAAGAUAUGACAUCAAUAUUCUUAUUAAUUGACAAGGUUUCAAGAGACUACAGAGAAUAGUUUGAUGACUACAAGCGACAACAGAAACAGACUUUUAGGUGAAAGAGCUGAGUGGCAGUGAAAGAACAUCUGUAGACUCAAAUAAUCAUAGUCUAUGUAUAGUAAUGACAUACUUGUUAGACGCGAGAUCGCAACGUGAUGGUAUGACAACAGAAUGGGACAAAAUAAGAAUCUCCCUUCUCAAGGAAUCGAACCAUGCAUCUUGUGCUUUUCGGGCAGCUAUACUACCACUGUACUAUUGUCCAUUGCAGAGUUAAAUGGCCGUGGGUAUUUUUUGAAUAACUUUGAAAUAGAAAGAGAGAGAUAACCUGAAUUUUUCGUUCUAUUUACAAUCGACAUUGCUCUAUCUUUUCACAAAGUCGAUUAAAUAUUCCAGUCCCUUUUCUUAGUAGAUACGUAAGGACUUUUGAAGAUAAGCUUAAUUCACUUUGGAAUCUACAUACUUUCUUAAUUAUAAUAUAACAGAUACAUAGCUCAGAUCUCUCUCUAUCGAUCUACGUGAGGUCGAGAUCGAAAGUGAUUUGCACUCAAAAGAUAUAAAGAUUUUUCUGAAGGUUAUACUUAUGAAAUAUUUUGUCAAAAUCUUAGCAGUUAACACACAUUGCAUACUAUAAAUUUUUAGUGGUCUUUUUCUUCAUUACACAAUUUAUCAACCUUUAGAGUUUUUUCUACAGAAAACGUGAUUGAAGAGUAUUUAAUGUUUGGUGUGUGGGGUAAAGAAGUAGUGUGGGUAAGAGUGUGAGCAUAACAUGCGGUGCAAAAGUCUUUGCAAAUAUGUCAAGCUCUCUCA